AAUCUUUAAAAAUUAUUUUUUCUAACGCAUCCGUAUUGCCCAUUCACUUGACUCACCUUAUCAUGGUUUUACUAACACAAAUUAUUUUAACUCCUCUUAUGUAAACGUAAAUUUACUAAUUUAAUUUUAGUCCUCUCGCGGUCGUUUAGACUUUCACCCGUCGUCGCCGCUAACAGAAUUCUGUUUGGCACCGAGAAAAAGAGAAGCUUCCCAUCCCAGCAACUGUCCAAAAUCCUUCCCUGUUUCCCGAGAAAAAGAAUAUCUCAUGAAGCAUGUAGCCACUCUAAAAAUCAGAACUUGAGAGAAAAAGAGUUCUUUGUUAAUCCGUUGAUUGGAAGAAAUAAAACGUUACUUCAAUUAUGACCAUGGCUACUUCAGAAGCAGUUUUGCAAGUUCUACCUGGCAGUUUACCUCACUCUUAUUGUUCUGAUCCACAUUUCAACAAUUGCAAGUCAGUGCUUUCCUUUAAAUCCAAUGUAAACCGUAGAAAUUAUGGAAGUUCAGCAUAUCAGAAAUCCAAGAAUGGUUCAAAACUCUUAUGGAAAUAUGAGAGGAUCUAUGCAUAUCAAGGUGCAUAUAUCGCUUGCCAUAUGAAGGCUGAACGUGCUACAAAUUUGGAAUCUAUUAGGUGCAAAUGCCAAAAGUUUGAAAAUGUUAGUGGGGUGGCUGCCGAUGAAGAUAUCCCUAUAUCACUUCCUAUACAUAGCGUUGGUGUAUCAAAUGCUCAAGGUUUGGAAUUGGAUAAGCGAUUGAAACAUAAAAGUGGAGGUUUCACACCGAAUGGUAAUGUAGAUGCCGCUGGAACUGUUAGAGAUACAUUGCAGAAGGCUUGUAGGGAAUCAAUUGAGGAAGAAGCAUGGAAUCAGCUUCGUGCAUCCAUAGUUUAUUACUGCAGUAAUCCUAUAGGGACCAUUGCUGCUAAUGAUCCAUCAGAUGCUAGCAUUCUGAAUUAUGACCAGGUUUUUAUUCGUGACUUCAUUCCUUCUGGAAUAGCCUUCCUCUUGAAGGGAGAGUAUGACAUUGUACGGAACUUCAUCCUUUAUACCCUUCAGUUGCAGAGUUGGGAGAAAACCAUGGAUUGUCAUAGUCCUGGUCAAGGAUUGAUGCCUGCUAGUUUCAAGGUGCGAACUGUUCCCCUUGAUGGUGAUGAUUCUGCGACUGAAGACAUCUUAGAUCCUGACUUUGGUGAAUCAGCAAUUGGCCGAGUUGCACCAGUUGAUUCUGGAUUGUGGUGGAUUAUUUUGUUGCGAGCUUAUGGAAAAUGUUCUGGAGAUCUUUCUGUGCAAGAGAGAAUCGAUGUACAAACUGGGAUUAAAAUGAUUUUAAAAUUGUGUCUGGCUGAUGGUUUUGAUAUGUUUCCAACUUUAUUGGUGACGGAUGGUUCUUGUAUGAUUGAUCGUCGCAUGGGAAUUCAUGGACACCCACUGGAAAUCCAGGCACUCUUUUAUUCGGCAUUGCUUUGUGCACGGGAAAUGCUUGCUCCUGAGGAUGGAUCAGCUGACCUCAUUAGAGCUCUUAACAAUCGGCUAGUUGCUUUAUCCUUCCACAUUAGAGAAUACUAUUGGAUUGACAGGAGAAAGCUUAAUGAAAUCUACCGUUACAAGACUGAGGAAUACUCAUAUGAUGCAGUUAAUAAGUUUAACAUUUACCCAGAUCAGAUUCCCCCCUGGUUGGUGGAAUUUAUGCCGAACAGAGGAGGGUAUUUGAUUGGGAACCUGCAGCCAGCUCAUAUGGAUUUCCGUUUCUUUUCUCUUGGAAACUUGUGGUCAAUUAUAAGUAGUCUUGCAACAGUGGAUCAAUCACAUGCCAUAUUGGAUCUUAUUGAAGCAAAAUGGCCAGAAUUAGUGGCAGAGAUGCCAUUAAAAAUAUGCUAUCCUGCACUUGAAGGCCAGGAGUGGCGAAUUAUUACAGGCAGUGACCCCAAGAACACUCCUUGGUCGUAUCACAAUGGGGGUUCUUGGCCAACUUUGCUCUGGCAGCUCACUGUGGCAUGUGUAAAGAUGAAUAGACCAGAGAUUGCAGAAAAAGCUGUCAAAAUUGCAGAGAGGCGAAUAUCUAGAGACAAUUGGCCAGAAUAUUAUGAUACUAAAAAGGCAAGAUUUAUUGGGAAACAGGAUCGACUAUUUCAAACCUGGUCUAUUGCAGGUUAUCUUGUGGCAAAGCUCAUUCUUGAAAACCCAAGCGCAGCAAAGAUCGUAGUUAAUGAAGAGGACUCAGAGCUUCUAACUACCUUUUCUUACAUGAUGAAUGCAAACCCUAGAAGGAAGCGCAGUAGGCCCGGAUUUAAGCAGCCAUUCGUAGUUUGAUGGCAUCAUAUGAAGCUCAGGGGAGGAUUUACUCAUGUACGUUCUCUAAGGUUAUGGUUAGGCCAACAUGAAUGUACUAAUAUGUUCCAUACAGCUGCAAUUAGGUACACUUCUUCAGUAGACAUGAUAUCUCUGCGGAAAUAUAGAUAGACUAGCCUUUAGCUGGCACAUUUUGUGAGUUUUUGGUGAAUGGUUUUAGUUUUGUUGAUAAAAAAUGUGUAUCCUGAUGAAAAAUUUGAGUUAAUCGAUAAAGUCUUAUUUAAAUUCAGGUGCAUUGUGUAGAAAUAAAAUACAUGGUGAAAUCUCCUUUC